AAAAAAGCUAAGUUGGCAUCUUCUAUAUAUUGAAGGUGGUCCGAUAAAAGUCUCUUAUUGAAUCAUCUGAGUCUUCAUUGAGUUAUCAACAGAUGUUGAUAGAUACUCCAGUUACAAGAAACGGUUAAAUGAAAGUUUGGAGUCUGAAGAGUGCAACUGUGCAAGACCAUGGAGGUGGCAGCGUUGUGAAGUCAGAGGUAGUGGCAAAGACAGAUUCCUUGACGAAGAAGCUUUUCUUGGCGUCUGUCUUGCGCAGACCGCUUGAGAAGCUUGGGAUCUCACUUUUUAAAAAGGAGCUGAUGGGUGUUUCCAGUAUGUUUGAUGAGGUACUAGAGAGGUACCUUGUGGAACACGAAAAGAAACAGGAGGAACAAGGUGGGGAUAUGAUGGAUGUGUUGAUAGAAGCAUAUAGAGACGAAAAUGCUGAGUAUAAGAUCACUAGGAACCAUAUCAAGUCCUCGUUAGUGGAUCUUUUCAUUGCAGGCAGUGAAACUACGUCCAACAGUAUAGAAUGGACCAUGGCCGAGCUGAUAAACAACCCCAAGAGUCUUGAGAAACUGAGAGGAGAAAUCGAUUUGAUUGUAGGGAAAACAAGGUUGAUUCAAGAAACUGAUCUACCAAACCUUCCUUAUCUGCAAGCGGUCAUGAAGGAAGGACUGAGAUUGCACCCACCGGCGCCUCUUGUGGUAAGAACUUUCCAAGAAGGGUGUGAGGUCAAAGGGUUCUACAUACCGGAGAAGACAACACUUGUUGUCAAUGGUUAUGCUGUAAUGAGAGAUCCUGAUGUCUGGGAAGAUCCUGAGGAGUUUAAGCCAGAGAGGUUCUUGGCUACUUCACGUUCAGGACAAGAAGAGGACAAGACGAAAGGUCUAAGAUACAUUCCUUUCGGAAGUGGAAGGAGAGGUUGUCCUGGAUCAAACCUGGCUUAUCUCUUUCUAGGAGCAGCUGUUGGAGUAAUGGUGCAGGCCUUUGAUUGGAGAAUCAAGGAAGAGAAAGUUAACAUGGAUGAAGUUGCUGGAGCAGCUUCGUUGAGCAUGGCUCAUCCAAUUCACGCUACUCCUGUUGCUCGAACCCGAAACCUUCUAACUUAACUUGUAGACUUGCUUUCUCUUGGAUUUUCUAAAUCUCAUGAUUGAACAAAGGCUAUUGGUUUUGUUAUUUACCAUCAAAUAAUAAAUCUGUAAGCGGGUUAUUAUUGGUUUAAAAUCGGUUUAGUUUUAAAUUUUAAUUGUUAAAGUGUAACUGUUAUAUAGUAAACCAAUAUUCAUAUAUGUAUAUAUGUAAUUUGAUUUAUAAUUUUAUUUUAGGGAGAGAUAUAUAUAUUUUAAACUUGAA